GGUACCAUCACGUCAGCCAAAUUUGAACCUCACCGUAGAAUGCACCCAACCACCAUCUCGAACGGACCCACCUUGUAUAAAAACGCCGCAGCACUCAAGCUGUCAGUCUGACUUGCCAUCCGCGAUGACACCGUUCACUCAUCAUCAAUGUCAAGUUUGGAUUUCGUAUUUUAAAAAAUUCUUAGUGAUAUAAUGACUUCAUUGCAUUCGCCUGAGUAUGAGCAAGUUAACAAGCAGUUGCUGCAAAAUCAGUCGUUUCUGUACAACGAGAACCAAAAAUUACAAGAUGACGUUAAAAAGUUAUCUUACCAAUUGGAAAAUUUGAGGAAAACCUCUGUCAAGCCUGAGAUCUUUGAUGCGCUCAAGAAGGAAAAGAACCAUCUCUUAACUUUGAACGAAACCUUCAAAAGAAAACUCCAGCAAUUGAGGGCACCUCCUGGUACCCUUACUCCUUACGAUGCUGCUAAAGAGCUAAAGGAGAAGGAUGAGCUACUAGCAACAGUACGGGAUCUCGACGAGCUUAUCAGCAAGGUGAAAUGUAUGGAAAAAUUUGAAGUAAAACCUCCUCAAGAAGACUUGCACAAAAUGGUAAACGCACUGACUAGCAGAUUGGAAGAAGAACAACAAAAGUCUCAUGAAGCGGAUGAAACCAUAAGAAAAUUGCGACAAGAUGACGAAAAAUACAUUAUGCGAGAAAAACUUGUAGAAAUGAAGCAGCUGGUAACAGAUUUGGAAAUCGAAAACUCAAAGUUGAAGUUUGAAAUAGAACAGUUAAACGAUGAUGUUGACACUUACAAAAGACAGCUGGAUGAUGCUACUGAAGAGCUGAAACAAUCAGCAGCUAGGUGCUGUCAACUGGAAGACGAAAAGGAUAAGCUAAAAGAAUCUGUUUCUGAGCUAGAAAAUGAAAAAAUUGAGCUGAAGAAAGAAAUGAUACAGGAAAUGACUGAGGCAAACAGAGCUAAAAGGGUAUCGGUCGAUACUGAGAUUGCUUUACAACAUAUUGCUAAAGCUUACGAGACAAAGAGAAAAGAGCUAAGGUAUCUACAAAACUAAGUUUACUGCCUUCUCACCAACAUGUACGUAUUACCUCAAUGACAUUUCUGUUUGAAAAAUGUCAAAAUUAUAUAGCCAGUAAACCGAAAAGUGUAAGUGAGCUAUUCAAAGCAGAUGCUAUAUUGAAUGUGAUAGCUUUGUACAUCCAUGCAUUGCUGAAGAUAAUUCUUGGGAAAACAAAUUUCGAAAAGAUGAGUCAUGCUUAUGAAAUGAGAAGAAAUCAAAAACAGCUACUCAUAUAUCAAAAUAUGGCAGCAUUAAUGCAGCAACUAGAUGACGCAGAAAGGAUCAUUAAGGAGUUCAAAGAUCAAUUUGCUGCCGCAGACAAUCCCGAGUUUUGAUCUUAGAAGGUCAUUCUUGAUAAAUCAGCUUCCAUCUGUAAGAAGUCAAUAAUAAAGUCAACUUUAAGUGCCCACCUUAUUCAAUUGAACGUGUACCAUUAUAAAAUGGAAAUAACCUCCGUAUACCGAGAUUUAUGCCAAAAUCUGAAAUACUUCUCAAGCAAUAAGGAAAAAUAGAAAAUAAAAUUGUAACUUUGACACCCUGUAUCUCGCAAACCAUCAUCUUUUGGACUAAGGUAUCCAGUAUCAGCUUCAUCCUUCAAGCUUACGGGGAAGGAGUGCUCAAUUUACAUAGCAGUAGUCAUAUAGCCAUCAUUCGUCCGACAACAGAUGUUGACAUUGUGCUGUCUUAUUUCAAUAUUAGCAGUAUCCCAAUUCGCAUGGGUAGGUUUUAGUUGUGCCUUUAUUAAUAAGGGUGCAGCUUCUCGGCUUCAGCAUCUCAGUAGCCUUGCAGGCAAAUAUUGUUUGUAUCAAACUUCUAUUCGUAAUUCGGUUAUAGAAAAGUCAUUUAAAAGUCGCGCAGACCAAUCACGUAAGUUUGCUCAGGGACCUAUGGUACAAACACUUCAGUUGAAUAAGUUGCGAGUAAUUUGCUGUACUUACAAAAUGCCCUUAACUUCGUAACACAACGCAAGUGUGUACAGUUGUAAUAAUAAGUAUUAUAUUUAUUGAUGUAUAUACAUAUUGUAGUUAUACAUGCAGCCCGUGUAAACACUUGUCAUGGCAUAUUUUGGAUAUAUUUUGUGAAUCAAAACUCCA